CAGUGGCGUACAACGUUCCUGUCUACAGUUAGAGGAUUUACACGUGUUGUUACUGUGUUGGUACUACCUAGAUAUCAAGAAAUGCCUAAGGCCUUGAAAAAUAAAGGAACGCAAGAGAAGAAGGUGGUUCAUCCAUACAGUAGGAAAGCAGCUUACAUUGCAAGAGGGGUUAUCAAACAAGAGAGAAAAGAGAAACUGAAGAAUGAAAAAGCCUUGCGACUAAAUGCAAUCGGUGAAAAGCUCCUUUGGUUCCAGAACCAGCUCGAUCCUGCGAAAGAAGAAUACACUAAGGAGGAUGCUUGCGAAAUCAUUGAACGGUAUCUGCAUCGCUUUGACACUGAGCUGGAGCAGAUAGAACUGGUGAAUGGAAUUAAAGGUAGGCAGGGACGCCUGCACGGAUCCAGAGAGAACGUCAUCAAACAGACUGUGGAACGCGAGAGAGCUCUCUACGAGGGAAACGGAUUUGAAAUUCCUGACAUUAUCAAUUGUAAACAUCUGAAAACAUUCAGAGAAUGGAACGGUGAUUUGAAGAAGCUUCCAAAUAUAAAAAUGCGCCGAGUGUCACCGAAAGCAGCUGGAAGUGUACAGAAAGACGUGCAGCAGGAGAGUCCCUCAGAGGAGCUGCAAGAGGACACCUUGUCUGAAGACUUGGAGGCAGAGUCGCCAGACGAAGAUUUAUAAUGGCCGUUUCAGACCGUUGACCCGGCGUACCAGCCAACCGUCAGAAAUCACUGACCCUAUCAGAUUGACUCUCAGUGAGACUGUAUCAGACACCAGCAAAAGGCAGUUGUUAAUGAAAUCUAAUUUGAUAGACUAGCAUUGUCUAUCUAAACUAGAGAAAUAGUACCGCCCAAAGAUGUAUGAACAUAUUAAUACAAUAUAUUUUAUUUCUGGGUAUUUAAAAUAAAUGUGAUAGCUGCUCAGAAUAAAUGCUCUGGGGUGUUCUACAUGCUUGACUUUUUAAUCAUUUCAUAUGGAGCCAUUUGUAUUUCUUGAAGGAAAAGGAACCAAAAGGAGAGCAAAUGAAAUUAGAAUUGACUGAUAAAAUACGGAACUCAUUUUCACAGCAAGAGAGAACAUUUGUCGUCAGGAUGCUGCUCAAACAUCCAGACUUUCACAGCAGAGACUGUUUGCCACAGACCAUGGCCUCCUGUUUCCUUUUUAGCAGUGCUUCAGAAAAUCAUAUCUGCAUCCCAAACCAGUAAAAUGUAUCUGUUCUUCAGUUUCUGUUAGUGACCAUCUGUGAAUCUUAUGUGAAAAGUGUCAGCAGUACUUAUGCUUAUGUACAUGUAUAGAAAUAGUGUGUCAUUUCAUUCCUUAUCUGAAUUUUUAAACUGGAUUUGGCUUUAUUAUCAACAAAAAUGUUAGAGUUAAAGAGUUAAAAUUUAUUACAGUGAAUAUACCUCACUUCCUUAUCUUUCAUGGCUAAAUAUACAUUGGCUGCAAUUUCAGUGAUCUGUUCCUACCUGUAAAGCAGACAGGAAAAUGCUGUUCAAUAACCUCUUUCUGUAAGUAGGAGACAUUGGUCUUUCUCCACCAGAAAUGUCACUGCUUGACUGAAAGUGCUUGGCUUUUCCUUUGUCCUGUAUGUGAAGACACUGACCUUCCUUCAAGCUACCACUGCCUCUUAGACUGAUAUUUAUCCACUGCAGUAAAGGCCUCUGGAUCAAUGCAAACCUUUGAUUUACUACUUUUAUAUGUUGGCUGUCCAGCUUUUAUGUUUUUAUUUAUUUGAGGAGGAGGAAAGGAAAGGAUAGCAAUCAAAAACUUGUUAAAAUUGCCUGUGAAAUUACUCUCUGACUGGUGAGAAAUAUGAAGAGCGCAAAAGACAUUUAUAACCUUGCUCCCUGCCGGUGUCUAAUCUGAAGUCGGCUGUUUGAAAGGUGUGUCUGAGUAGUUGGAAA